UGAUUGUUGAGUGGUACCAAGGGCUCGAUAAGCCUUGUGCCCCAAGCUUUGGCAUCGUUAGGUAAGGUAUGCAGUAAGGUCCUUAGUAACGAGAUAAAUUGUAGGACCAGAAAAUAUGUGGGGACCCAUAGCUACAAAAGACCACAUGUCUAAGGAUUGUAGCAUGUAGUGGGCUCGAUUAAGGCAAUGUUGAUGCAUGAAUUUGAAAGGCAUAGUUUGGGCUUGAUCCAACAUGCUUGAUUGGUUCGUGGGCGAGACUUGGCUGCUGAUUUGGUGGGACAAGUCUGCUCAAUGCAUGAAAGUAGGCGGUUGAGAGUGGUUACCAAACAUGACCUAAUCAUGGGAGGUAGUUGAGGAAGGUUACCAAGCAUGACCUCAGGGGUGAGCAGUUGAGGGUGGUUACCAAGUCAGGUGAUGAAUUAGAGGAACUGCCAGUCACUUAUCAAGUAGAGAUACAGCCUGACAUGAAAGUUGUUACUGGAAAUUGUCAUGCCCAUACAACUAAUUGGCUUCAAACGGCAUUACCCACUUCCUCAAAAUUUGAAGAAUUCAAACCACCCAGUGACGUUCUCACAAUUGGAAUAGAGCAAAAGAUGCAAAUCCUCGAAGGGAACAGCAGUCUAGAAGUAAAAAUAUACCCAAAGUUGCCUCAAGCAGAUGAAAUCAAGCUUCUCAGUACAUACAAUCCAUCAGCGUGCCCAAAAACGAGGAAUCAUGAGAGCUCAUAG